AUGCCUUUGGCCUACAUCCCCAAAUCUCUGCUCAACACUUCACAAUCCCAACCCAUCACCAGCAUCCACAUCUGCGCCGAACCACCCAACGCAGUCUUCGCUCCCAAGGACAACGCCGACCCUGCCACCGAAAAAUUAACUAACCACUGGGUCGUUUAUCUCAUCACGUCCCCUUCUCAAUCAAUCCGUCUUGAUCCCAGCCCCUCAGGCCCAGGCAACACCCUCGAUCUUAUCAUCUCCGCUAAAGACCGCGCGGACAUCAAUGCUGUAAAGACUGUAAUCCUCUCCACAGCGCCUAAUCUUAAUGUUGGGAAUAUCAUCGAUCAGAUUACGUCCGCAAACUAUGGUACCUAUACUUUUGGUGAUACGGGGCAGGGGUGUAGGUUUUGGAUUUCUUCGCUUUUGGAUUUGCUUUGUAAGGCGGGAUAUACAAUUGAUAGCUCGGAGGCGACUGCGGCUAGAGAGGCUUUGGGUGUGGUGUGGAAUGAACUUGGAGAGCCUGUUUCUGCGAGUCAGCAGACGGGGACUGCAGAGGGUGCCUUUUAA